UAUAUUAUUAUCUGUGGUCGAUAACAUCGGGACUGAUCGGGACGGGACUGCGUCAUUAUUUUAUUAUUAAAAUACAGUCUGUCUGUUUUGUUUUGUGUGUGAAUUUGGAUCCAAGUUCUUUACUAAUGGCAAUAUGACGCAAUUUUUACCACCAAAUUUAUUGGCAUUAUUUGCCGCUCGGGAUCCUAUCCCGUACCUUCCACCAGCAGCGAAGCUUCCACAUGAGAAGAAACAGAAAGGAUACGAUGGCGUCGGUGCAUUUCUCAACGUUUUUGAGCACCCUUCGGAGACGCCGCCGCCGACGCGCGUGGAGACCCGCGAGGAGCGCGUGGAGCGGCGCCGGCGCGAGCGCGCCGAGCAGACCGCGUACAAGCUGGAGCAGGAGAUCGCGCUGUGGGACCCCGCCGCCAACCCGCGCUCCACGCUCGACCCCUUCAAGACUCUGUUCGUCGCUAGGAUAAACUAUGACACAUCUGAAUCAAAACUUAGGAGAGAAUUUGAAGGAUAUGGACCAAUUAAAAAGAUACACAUGGUCCACAACACAGAGAACGACAAGCCGCGCGGCUACGCGUUCAUCGAGUACGAGCACGAGCGCGACAUGCACUCCGCGUACAAACACGCCGACGGCAAGAAGAUCGACGGCAAGCGCGUGCUCGUGGACGUGGAGCGCGCGCGCACCGUGAAGGGCUGGCUGCCGCGGAGGCUCGGCGGCGGGCUGGGCGGCACGCGGCGCGGCGGCGCGGACGUGAACAUCAAGCACAGCGGGCGCGAGGACAACGAGCGCGAGCGCGAGCGGUACCGCCUGGAGCAGCGCGAGCGCGACGAGCGCGCGCGCCACGACCGCGCCGACCGAGCGGGCGCGCGCCGUCGUUCGCGCUCGCGCUCGCGGCGGCGCUCGGGCUCGCGCUCGCGGCGCCGCGACCGCGAGCGGGAGCGCCCCAGGGAGGAGGACGACACCAGCCGGCGGCGGCGGCGCUCGCGCUCGCGCUCGGAGCGGCGCGGCGGCGCGCGGCGCGAGCGCGAGCGCUCGGACAAGGAGCGCAAGCGGCGCCGCGACAGGGAGCGCAAGGAGCCCAAGGUCAAGCCCGAGGACAUCAAGAUCAAGCAGGAGCCCGCCGACGACUACCCCGAGUUCUCGCUGCCGGCGAUGGACAUGCAGAUCAAGCAGGAGCCCGAGGACGACAACAAGUACAACCCCGAGGACGCCAACGGCGACGACUACGGCUACGAGCGGCACUAGCUCGCCGCGCCGCUCCGCACACUGCUCGGCAAGGGAAUAUCUGGGGAAAUUAUGUGGGUUGUCUUUCUGUAUCUGUAUUUAUUGUUUUAAAAAAACAUAUUAUUUUAAUGUAGCAUUAUUAUUGUAUUAGAUAUAUCAACAGUUUUAAACUUUUAUCAGUCGCUCCUCAGACUUUUUCUUGCCAAGCAUUAGUUAUUUGAUAGAAUACUGCUCCUAAAAUUAACUCGCGCGUCCAUACGUAUGGUUGCGCGGAUUACAUUUACGCGAAAUUAAGUCAUUUAAAUCAGGAUUUUUUUAUUGAUACAUCAGAGUGCACAAAAGCAUUUAAUUCUAACUGGCCCUAUUUGCUACCGCUAGGCUAGAUGGUAGCCAUUAUUAAGCUACAUUCUUUUUUAAAUUAAUAAACAUAUACUCGCAUAAAAUCACAUCUUUUUCCCGGAGCGGCAAACAGAAACUAUAUCUUUCCGUUUGCCACAAUACCUGUAUUAAUAUUCGUUUUUUAAUUUGACCUGACCUUGGACGUUUUUAUUUGUUCAAUCUAUCUUACACGAUUCUCUAUACACACUUGUGCAAUACAGACAUUGCAAGAAGACUAUCAUGCGCAGUCAACCAUAAUUACACGCGAAUUCGACGAAAAUUUAAUUUAUGUAAAUGAUUUUCUGCGUUUGGGCGUAUCGCUUCAAUUGACUGGUCACGUAAUAAUAUGUUAGGUCCAGCUUAUUGAUAAGCCGUUGUAUAAGCUUUGUCCAGAUAUUGUCUAAAAUGUUAUGGUAAGAUUGAAAUGAAAACGUUUAGUGAUAACUUGGGUGAUUUAGACGAAUUUUCUCGUCUUCGAGUUACUAUGGUCUACACUACUAAAUUAGCAAAUAGCAAUAAAAUAUGAAUUUAUAUAAGCUGUACAUUGCCGUAACGCCUCGUGUAUGUGAGACUAACCAUUUAGGUUUUUAUGAAAUAAAUAAGU